AUGUCUGGCAUUAGUCAUAUUCCAACAAAUGUUCCUCCUGAGAUCGUGUAUGAAAUAUUGACUUAUCAAUUUAGAGAUUAUAUGAAUAAUGAUCAACCAAGUACAUCUGAAAAGUUUAAUGAAAAUUUAAGAAAUUUUAUACGAAGUAAUUUAACUGUGAAUAAGACUUUUUAUCAUAUAUGUAGAAUAUUAAUUUACAAAUAUUGUAAUCUUACUACUGCUAAGAGAUUCCAUAGUCUGUUAAAUACUAUCUCUAAUGAAUCAGAGUUAAGGAACAUUAUUCAAGUGGCCGAUUUUCAAGAAUUGACUUCAAUUGGAUUGGGUAGAACUGGUGAGAUGAAUAAACAAAUUAAGAAUUUAACAAACCAUACUUUACUGAAAUUUUUACGGUUAACAAAGGGGAAUUUAAGAGAAUUUUUAGCAUGUGAGCAUAUCCAGGAUGAUUUAGAUGACAAAAUUAUACAUUUUCUUUUAAAACCAGGGAAAGUUUUAAGUAUAUUAGAUUUUUGUGGUUGUUCCGGUCCAAAUUUUACAAAGAGUUUUAUUUUAGCACUGAGAGAAUUAUAUGAACAAUCAUAUUCUACUAAUAGCAGUAGAUCAAAUUUAAUUGACGAUGACAAUAUGUCAAUUGCUUCUUUUAGUACCAUCAAUUCAACUGAUCUAAAUGAAAUUGAAGAUGAAGAUUUUCAUUUUGCACCAGAUGAUAUGAAUUUAGCUGUUACACCCAUUGAAUGUAACUAUCAGAUUACUUGUUUAGGUUUAAAUGAUUGCACAGAUUUACCAAAUUUUGUACUUGGAAGAUUAUUGAAAUCAUUGCCGGAUUUACAAAAAUUAGAUUUAGCACGUACAUCUAUUGAUGAUAAUAUAUUAAUUAAUGCAUCACCUCAUUGGAAGAAUUUAAGUCAUUUAUCUCUAGGUAAUUGUUCACAAAUUACACCAAGAGCCAUUUUAGAAUUUUUCAGUCAUCACCCAGCUGUAACUGAUGAAAAUAAUGAAACUACUUUAGAAUGGUUAAAUAUAGGAACAAUUUCUAAUUCUUCAUCUUGGACGGAAGUUCAUGUUAUGUUUUUCUUAAAGAAACUUUGUCAAUUUGGACAUAAUGAAACAUUAGAAUAUUUAAAUAUCAAUGGACUACCUGUUCAUGUGGUUAAUGAAACUACAAGACCACCAUUAUCAAGAGCUAGUUCCUCAGUACGUCUCUUAGGAUCUGACAAUAGACCACACCCAGAUAAUAGAAAUUAUGAAUCAGUGAUUAAGACUAAAUAUUAUUAUCAAUGUUCAGAUACAUUAACGUUUAUUAAAUUGAAUUUCCCUAAUUUGAAAAGUUUAAGUAUAAGGGGUAAUAAUAUUCCUAUUCCAAAACUUGUUGAAUUUUUAUCACCAAUGAGUGUAUCGGAUGCUUCUUUAGAAGUAUUUAAAGAUUUGAAAAAACAUCAGAAAAUUAAAUUUUUAAACAUUUCAAACAAUACACACAUUAAUAAGUGGACUAUACAAGAUCCUUCACUCAUUUCAUGUUCUGAUAGUCUUGUUGCAUUAGAAAUAUCAUUUGAAGCAUGGCAACAAGUAGAAAAAUCUAAUAAUGGUGGUGAUAUGACAAUCAUGAAAUAUGAUAGAGAGACAAAUAAAAAUCAUACUAUCAAAUGGAAAUGUUAUUUGGAUUCGUCAUAUGGUAGGAGAUAUUGGCUUUAUAAAACUGAUAAAUACCUGAAUCGUGAGGAUAUCAAUUCUACACAGGCAAGUUUAACAAGAUUUGAUUCGCAAGGUAAUAAAAUUAUUGAAAUUUUCAAACAACCGGAUUUCCUAAAAUUUGCUCAAAGUAAAAUUAGUUUAAGUUGUGGGUUAGUGACAAAGAGUAGUUACAGAAGAAAACAUUGUUAUAGGGAUAUUAAGCCUCCUAUUUCACAAUUUUUAACAAGAAACGGUGGGAUUGCAUUUGGUAAUACGUUUACGCCUAUUGUUAGACCUCCAUUACCUUCAGGUGGAUGGAGGAUCAUGCCAGAGGACGACCCCGAGGAUGAAGAUGAGAGUGAGAGCGAUAUUCAAAGUACUGGAAACAACACAACAUUAGUCAGUGAUCAUGAUCUUGAUGGUCCAUUAUCAGAUAAUAGUGUUGUUACAAGCACAGGUCGUCCACCUAUAAAUCAUCAUGAAUCCUCCGGUAAUGCACUAUUCUGGGAUAGAUCGAUGCAUGAUAUUCCAACAUUGAAUCAAUUAACAACUGAUAAUACUUCUCAAAAUGAAUCAAGAAUUGCGACUCAAUCCUUAAGGUCUCAGUUAAUUAGACCACCUGUGACACCAUUGGGUAUCUCACAAAACAUCGAUCCUGCCAGUAUGUACGAUGCUGGUGAGAGUAACGAUGAAUAUUUGAACAACCCUGAAUUACAAAGGAGACGUUCUGAGUUGCAAUUAGGAUUUACUAGAGGACAUUCAUAUGAUUAUACUUCAAACUCAAACCGCCGAAAUAGAGCUACAAAUAGUACACAGUUGCAUCAUCAAUCUUCAACAGCCAACAUUAAGUCUAACAAGAAUGUUCCUAAUGGUAUUGCUCCGGGGGCACCCAUGAUAAUAGAUCCUAGAAGACCCAGCGAUUAUUAUUACUGUCAUCCAGACGAAUUUAUAUAUGAUCCAACAGAUGAUGUUACAUCUCACAGAUAUCGUUUACACCUGGCACAAGUCCACGAAUACAGAACUUUUGGAUGCAUCGAGAGAGGAAUGUACCGUUACUACAGCUUGAAGAUGUAA